CCUAAACUCCGAUGGUGAUGGAGUCGGAGGCCAAGAUCGGCAUGACCGAUUGGGGUUCGCAAACGAACUGGACUAUUGCUUCUGGUUCUCUCAAAGAUUGUAUCACCUUCGAAUCCUCACUGUCUCUGGCCAAUGAAGUUGGCGAUGAAGUAGGAGCGACCACUGUGGAUUCGACACCUAAAUCCUCUCUUAUCCUCUAUCCUGCUUCAGCUGAUUCUGGCCCUUGCGAGAUCAAGAUUAGCUUUGCACAAAAGCAUGAGGUCUUACAAGUUUAUGUUCGAAGUACAGCCAGAGUGUAUGAAAUUUACUGUGAACCUGAUGUGCAGAGUAGUAAUGAGUAUCUCUGUACUGUUCGCUGUGGCAUUGCUGCUAGAGAUGGAGAGGUUCUUCAUGCAUUAAAUGUUGAAGAAGUUGUUUCUUCACAUAUUAAGGGCUUUAACAAAGAGUUGGCUGAAGAAAAUAAUAGAAGUGAAGAUGACUGGGUUGAUGUAAAAAUUCCUGAUUCUCCUGUGUUGGAUAGGGGAAACCAUGGUUUGCAAACAAAAUCCUGUAGUAACUCAGCAAAAAGCAGUCAGGAUCUCUAUGAGGCUACCGCAGAGACCUCUGAUGUAAAUCCCUGCAUCUCUGUCACACUUCGUCUGCUUUCACUCCAGAAUAAAGGCUGUAUUUGUAUUGAUGAGAUUUAUGUGUUUGCUGAUCCUGUUGCUCUAGCUGAUUCUGAAAGACAAGAGAGCAAUGCAGAAAGCUCGUCUGGCAGUUCUCUUAUGUCUAUGUUUCUUCCGACUCUGAUGCAAUUAUCAAAGACAACUGCUCUGAGCCACAUAAAUGAGAAGUAUCCACCUGUUAGAAAGGAAAAGCUAUAUUUUCCAGAAGUUGAUGUGGGAAGAAGUCAUCCAUGUGACUCUGUAAUUCACACCCAGCCAGAAGGAAGAGCUAGCAAAACUGAUCAUCAAGAAGGGGAGCUUCGAAAGGUGAAUGAAGAAAGUGUGGGUCCAUCUCAAUCAGACAUGCUCUUGCAAGAUGCUUCUGUUGAUAGCAAUCCUACAACAACCUCCCCCGCUGCUAUAACAGAGAUCAACCAGAGUGAAACACCCUCACAAGCUACUAAAAUAGAGAGCAACGACAGUGAUGUGCCCUCAAAAACUACGGCUGUGGAGAAAAAUCGUAGUGACUGUCUGGGUGUUAAUGUGGAAAGGGCCCUGGAGCAGCUUGUGUCUCGAAUGGACAAAAUGGAAGCAAUCUGUUUGGGCUUUCAAGAGAAAAUGCUAAUGCCCAUAAGCAGCAUUGAGGCUAGGCUCCAGCAAGUAGAGCAGCAGCUUGAAACACUGACCAUCAAAUUACAGAAUUCUGGAUUCCCAUCGUGCUCUAGAACUUAUGCUCCAGAUAGUUCCUGCACUCAGUCAGAUGCUAACUCAUGUGACAAUUGUCAUGGUAGUAGUGUCACUGGAGGAUUGAAACCAGACAAGAACGGUUCUCAUAUUGAAGGACUAUCUGUCUCCUCUAACGAUAGUUCUGAUUCAGCUAAUGCUACUCAAUUGCACCCUGGUCUCAUAGUCACAGCUCCUGAGUUUCUUGAUGCUGAGGAUGAAGAAGAAAAUAAAACACUGGGAUUAGAAACAGCUUCAAAUGAUAAAGAGAGGCAGCAUAUGUCAAUUGAUGAUGCUGUAGCUUCUGCAUUAGCUGGAUUUUUAUCUUCUGUAACUUCAGAAACUCCGAGGUAUACCAAAAGUCUUGUAGUCAGAGCCCCUGAGUUUAUAAAUGAAUAUGAUCAUGAAAACAAUGAUGCUUCACCUAGAACUUCAUAUGAGAUAGAAAAUAAUGAUGAUUCAAACCAUUUCAAAGACACGGAGAAUAUUAGCAGCUUGCAAGAGUCAACUUCAAACAGUGUUCAUUCGGAAACAGAAAAGGUGAACAGAGGUCCUAAUGAUGAAGAGUCAGAAGGGGCUGUCAAGGAAUCUGAAGAAUAUUGCCAACAUAGCGCUGGAGAAGAUGACCAGAAAGAGGCGCGUGUAGAACCUGGCGUCCUAGCUGAGCAUGAUCCAGGAACAAGUUUUGAGCAUACUGUGGAGGAUAGCGAAAGCAGAAAUAUCAGUGUUCAGAUACAUGAUAGUUUAUCAUCCACGAGUGACAUUCCUAAGCUGUGUCAGACAGAUAGUGUCUCUAGUAGUUCCACUGAGGGAGAAGUUUGUGUGAACACUGACUGUACAGACACAGUAGCGACAGAAGUCCCAAAAAAAGCCUCUCACGAAGAUAUUAUGGAGAAUGUUCUUGGAUUUUCAUGCGGUUCCUCUGUGGUGGAUUUCAAAACAUCAAUCUUAGAUGUAAAAUUCAUCUCUCGGGAAAAUCAUGUUACCAAGCCUUUCCUUGCAGCUCUUGUUGACACUCCAGAGACGAGCUCUCAGGAUGAUCCUGUGGGUGGAAACAGUGAUGAUCUUCCUAUUAACGAACAAUUUAAGAAUAAUGGUAAUCUUUCAGUUGCAGAGCAGAAUGAUUUGAUCUCAAUAGAUGUUGCAGAACCGGUGGAUCCAGCUAUCAAUGCCCGUUUUUCAGUGGAUAAGGACUAUUGUGCUUUGAUAAAUGUGCCCGUGGAGGUUCAGGGUGAUGACCUGCAAGAGGACCGUAAACGCAAACGCAACGAGGAUGAAAUUGCUUCUUCAAGUCUCAUAUGAAGUGGCCUCAUGAUGCAUACUUCUGUUCUUUGCUGUUUGAUUUGAAUCUAAUUUAGUAGUUUACAAUCUGGAUGCUUCUCCUUCUGAAUAUAUUCUCCUUUGUUGUUAGCUUGUCUUUUAUUCUAUCAUUUAUUUAUUUGCUUAGUUUUUUCCGCAAGUCAAUAAUACGAGGGAAUUUUCUUA